AGAGUCGACGGGAGAGGAUAGGCGUCCGCGCGACACCCGACCACAACGGGGAUGACACGGUGACUCACUCUCAGUGCAGAUCUGGCCCUCAAAGUGUCGUCUUCACCGGCAUCCAUGAGGUUCGACCAAGCCGACGUGGUAACCUGCACCGCCCCGCCGUCGCCGAGAGGCCCGCCCGAAACAUCGGACAAGAUGGCAUCAUACCACCCGGCCGCGGCGGCCUCCUUCUUGCUCCAACGACCGACGGACUUCAGCGUCAGCUCCUUGUUGACGGCCGGAGCCGGCAGUGCCGGGGCCGCGACGACACCGCCGCAUCCGCCGGGAUAUCCUUACCCUCUGGGCGUCGGUUACCCCGGGACUCUCCUGCCGCGGCCUCCUCCGGGACAUCCUUACACCACCGCCGAGGACGUGGUCUUAGCUGCCGCCGCCGCCGCGCACCAUCACCCGGCCAUGGUCCGUCCCCUGCGAGCCAUACAGCCAGAGGACGACGGUAUCGUGGACGAUCCUAAAGUGACAUUAGAAGGCAAAGAACUGUGGGAGAAGUUUCACAAGUUAGGCACCGAGAUGGUUAUUACGAAGAGUGGCAGGCGCAUGUUCCCCGCCUACAAAGUCCGAGUUAUGGGGCUAGACAAAAAGGCCAAAUACAUCCUCCUUAUGGACAUCGUGGCUGCAGACGACUGUCGAUAUAAAUUCCACAACAGUAGGUGGAUGGUAGCGGGGAAAGCAGAUCCUGAAAUGCCCAAGAGGAUGUACAUUCACCCUGACUCGCCGAGCACAGGGGAACAGUGGAUGCAGAAGGUCGUCUCCUUCCACAAGCUCAAGCUCACCAACAAUAUAUCCGACAAGCACGGCUUCAUGAACAAUGAAGAAAUCAGUCUGACGAUACUAAACUCCAUGCACAAGUACCAGCCCAGGUUUCACCUAGUCCGUGCCAACGACAUCCUCAAGCUUCCUUACUCUACUUUCCGAACCUAUGUCUUCAAAGAAACUGAAUUCAUCGCUGUCACCGCCUACCAGAAUGAAAAGAUAACACAACUGAAGAUAGAUAACAAUCCAUUCGCCAAGGGGUUCCGGGAUACGGGAGCUGGGAAAAGAGAGAAAAAAAGACAGGCGCUGUUGGCUGCGCAGAGGCAUCAUGAGGAUACCAAGAGACCUUCAGAGCCCUCGAGAACGGAGCCUGAUGACGACAAGCUAGUCGACGUCGUAGGAACAUCGGACUCCAACCCCUUACACUCACUGCACCCUGGUCAUCACGUUGGCAGCCACCACCACCCAGCGUGGUUGUCUUUAUCCGCAGCAGGAGACCCGAUGUUGAGCGAGGAGACGAUAAGACGAAGGUUGGCUGCGGCACACCAUCCUCUUCAUCCGCUACCUCUGCCGCAUCCGGCGCCACCUCCUGAGCCGGACAGUGAGCCGGAGAGUAGUUGUAGCGACUCCGGGCCUUCCACUGCCUUCAGGCCGACGGCCUCCUCCCCCACCGCCGACUCGCCUACCGCCCCUGGACCUUCAGGUCAGCAGCAGGGCAACAGCGACUACCCUUCACCAAACAUCUCAGUGGGACCUCCUAUACACCCGCCACCUCCACUACUGCCCUACCUCGGCUACCAUGGCCUCUACCCCGGGGCCAGCGGGGGCCAUCCUCUGCUGGGCCCUGGACACCCUCUGUCACUGUUCGGGGCCGCGCAUCACUCGCCCAGUCUCCUCGCCUUCAACACGCUCGCCCUGGCGUCGCAACAUCCCUUCUUCAACCACGCAGCGUACAGCGCGGCCGCCGGGCUCAGCCCACAUCCGCACUCGCACUCGCUCAAAGCCGCAGCCCUCGCCUCAGGAGUUCACAGGUUCGCUCCAUACUCACUACCCGUGACCCCACACUCGGUGGUCGGGGGAUCACCACUGGGCAGCGCGUUCGAGACAGUCACUCCAGGCACGACUAGUCCGUCGCUACAACAACCAUCGCCUCCUCCUACCGCGUCCCCAGACGCUCCUUCCUCGUCGCCCAAGCCAGCGGACACGGGGUCCACUGCCAGCGAGCUCAAGAGCAUAGAGAAGAUGGUGAACGGACUAGAAGUAAAAGCUACGGCCCACCCCGACCUCCUCAACCACCAUCACGUCAAGUGCGAAGACUCGAGUAAAUGAGAGGCGGCCGAGGGAGGCUUCAUCGUCGUACGUUGAGACUGAUGCCUCCCGUGUACAUACUCUGUACAUACGCGUGUACAUAACUACGAGUGUACAUACCCGUACUGUACAUACCCGGCCCCCAACCCGUUAUAUUAUUGUUUAUUAGUCGAUAGCUUUAAAUGCACAAAGAGAUUUGUAUUAAACAUAAACGUGACGGAAAGAGUGUUUGUCGUAGGAUGGAAACUUAGCAAUAACGUAGCUUCUCGCCAACAGCCUGUGUAGUGUAUAUUACUGUAUCAUUAUUGGUUAGCAUAGUCCUGUGCUGAACUCUCGACCGAUAUAUCUAUGUGAAUACAAAUAUACAGUAUAAGCCAUGUGUAUUUUAUCUCCUGCGUUCCUUCGCGUACAGUCGUGGUUGCCUCUGUGCCGUUAUAAGUCAUUCGUACCUUGAAGUUGAAGCCAUGUACCGAGUCACAAGCAGAUCAGGUACAUCGCGUUAUGUGUUCCAACGAAUUAUGAUUUAAUGUUGUAAUAUGUUUGUAUUAUGUUGUACAGUCUCCUAAAUUCUGUAUAAUUCGAAAACACAGUUUAUAAUA